AUGCUCAUUGCGCCGAUGCUCGCCGGGCUCGUGCCCCCUGGGUUGUGCCCUGCGAGCUUCAGCCCGCUUGCCUUGUUCAGUGCGCCGCCGCUCAACCCGGCCGUCUGUUCUCGAAGGUGUCUGUAUGUGACCCUCCCACGUCUGCUUCGUGGUCAAAGGGCCGCGUACUGGACGGACGCUGACAUCGUCGCCGUGCUUGAACGCAUCGGACUCGCUACGAAGAGACGGGCGAGACCAAAUGCUUUGAACGACGUGGCGAGUCACGGGUGGGUGGAUGUCGAGUGUCGGCGCGUUUCGGGUGUCGACUUGACCACGCCCGCCGCACGCGCAUGGCUCUGA